AUGGCUAUGGACAGUGUUGACAGCCGAAAUUUCGUUUCAAAAAACCGCGACAAAUCCAACGGGCUGUGCUUUAUCCCAGGUGCUUUCACCAACAGUGACGAAGGUGUUCUUGAGUUUUCGGGCACCUACAAUCUUCAACAGCUGAAGAAGAUGUUCUAUAAUAUCCAGAUGAUUGUGGAGGAGUUUGGUGAACGACCCAGUGACUGUAUGAGCCCCUCUUUGAGAUCUGGAGCGGACUUGUGGAGUUGGGGUGCUCCUUUCAUAAACCCAGAGAGGUUGAACUGGCGCGAUUUGUGUCUCUAUAACCGCAACAAGGAACCAACAAUAGCUAAUUACGCCAUGGCAUGCUCGAUCUUGCUGCGGUAUGGACUUGGUUUUGAAGGAGCCACCAGGUUUAUGGAGCUGUUUUGGGAAGAGUGUUUUGGGCUACUUCCCUCAACCGGUAAUGUCACUAAGGAAUACAACCCUUACACCUGGGUGUCCGAGCUCAUUUUAUCGCUCAUCCCAACACCUUGUCACGACAUGCAAGGUAAUCUUGGAAUGAUCAAGGACCUGGUCGUUCUAAUCCGUCACAAAUACAAGUCAUUUGGUUCAAGAGUGGCGUUUUUGGAAUUUUUCCUUGCGGAGGUUUUGGAGUUUCAGGAGAUUGUUCUCUUCUACGAACGCCUAAUGCUGGUGACAUUACUCCACACCCGGGUCAUCCCUCGGGCUACAAAAGCAAGGUUUAUGCGAAAGGAUUCUAAUCCAAAAAUGAUUUUCUCACCACUUUAG